UUAUAAUGAUUUAAAAGCCAUACAGGAUUAUAAUAGAAAAGACCGUGAAAUUCUUUCGACGUUUCAGAAAAAAAUACAACACGUAUACUGUAAGAGAGAGAGAGAGAGUUAUACUAUAAUCUAUCAGUUUUUAUUAAUCUCCCUAUCUUCUUACAUUAUAGAUUUAUCGGAUUUCCGUGCUCGUCGUAUAAGGCAAAUCAGACUCGAUAUUAAAAUGCCGACCGAGUGCAUCGCCAACCCGUUACAACGGGAGCUGGCCGACUCGAUAAUACGGCUGCAGCCGCUCGACGAGAUUCGCAUCCUCCUCGCCUGCGGUGCCAAGCCGAACGAGCCGGUCACCCAGGGUCUCAGGCCCCUACACUAUGCCGUCUGGCAGCGCUACACCGAGGCCGCCCAGCUGCUCCUGGUGCGCGGCGCUGACAUCGACGCCACCGACGAGUGCGGUUACUCGGCCCUGCAUCUCGCCGCCGAACACGGCUACCUGGACCUGGUUAAGCUGUUGCUCAAGUAUGGUGCCAAGGUGGACCACCGGCAAGACACCGGGGAACUCUUCCCCAGAACUAUGUUGUGCGACGAACCACUACGUCUGGCUCUGCGGAAUCGCCACGUCGAAGUCGCGAAGAUCCUUCUCGAAGCCGGCGCUAAUCCUAAUAAGAGGUACUUCUUCGGCUCCGAGAUUAAUCUAGUGUCACCGCUGGAUCUGGAAUGCAUGGAAUUGCUAUUGGCCUUCGGCGCUCAUCCGAACACGCGUGAUCGCGCCGGGUUGACGCCUCUCAUGAAGGCUGCCAGGCUGCCCCAGGGUAUAGCUUCGGUGCUUCUACUACUCAGCUACGGGGCGGACGUGAACGCGACGGCGGACGCCAGGCACGAUUAUCGUACGGUAUUGCAUUACGCGAUCCUCGGCGGCGACCCGGCGGUGAUUAAUCUGCUGCUGAAGCAGGGCGCCCGGCUAGAUCUCGGACCGGACUACCAGAAGCCGACGGCCCUGGAUCUGGCCAUACUCAAAGGAGACCCGUCAAUCGUCGAGAUGCUGCUCCAAGCAGGCGCGAACGUGAACGCCACAUCGCCGAUCAUCGGCUCGCCGCUGCACGUGGCAUGCGCUGACAACAUCCCGAAUCGGCUGGAAAUCCUGUGCAUGUUGCUGGAGCGCGGGGCCGAUCCGAACCUGGUGAUCCGAAGCGAUGACGGCCCGGCGCUGCGCCCGGUACUCGCCGAAUACGUCGCCUCGAACGAGAAUCCGUCGGUGGAGGUGGUGGCACUGUUGCUUAAGUACGGCGCCCGAGUGGUGAUCAAGACGCAGUUUCGCGAUCCGCACGGUAUCCUCAACUCGCUGCAAAAUACGGCCGACAAACCGCGGCUGUUGCGCGCGCUCUUGGAGGCGGCGGAAAGCUUCGAUCCCUGCAUGAUACGACGGUCCAGCAGUCUGACGGACGCCCAGAAGGCCCUGGUGAUGGAGGCGGCCAGGACCCCGUUACCGUUGACCCAUCAGGCAAGACUGAUAGUUCGCAGGCUCUGCGGCACUAGGCUACCCAAGAUCGUCAGGAAGCUGCAGCUGCCGCAGUCGUUGCACCGUUAUCUCCUUUACGAUUUUUAUUAGCGAGAGAGUCGAUCGGGAAGAGGGGAGAGAUUUUUUCGGUUGAAGGAGAAUUUCCUUGGAUUUCCGGGAAAUUUCAAAAAUCCGGUACUAUUAUAUUCCAUGCUUGGGCUAGUGCUCGGCUACAACUGAAGCUUUCAAAUGCAAAAUAAUAUGAAUCCAUAUACAAGGUGUGCGACAAGUAAGUGAUCAACCGAAAGGUGGAGAUAGAUUGGGUCAAACUGAGAAGAAAAGUUCUGUACUAUUUUUUUUCUAUAACGCUUAAUAAAGGU